AUGUGUCGCAGAAAGUUCCGAAGUCAGAAUGUUGCUUUGUAUUGGCGGAGGCAGCAAUUCGGGCCUGUGCUUUUGCUUGUGCUUGUGCGACUUACACCUCCACCUCACCUUUCACUUCUCUGGCCCUCACUCACGAGUUCCUCUGGAUGGGGCACUUUAUUCGACCAAGGCUCACUGCCAGUUCCAUCAGUCUCUUCGCGGAAAUCUACCAUCCUCGUUCACGCAGGCGGCUACAACCCUCAGGUUGAGGCCGACAGAUGCUGGAAAUCCCGCAUUGGUUCUCCAGUCCUGAGUAAUUUUAUGACUGACAAGGUGGUGGUUCUGGUCAUGUCGACCAUAACUUCGCCAAGUGACUUUCGACCCCGCGAGCCAAUACUGCAAGCCACGCUGAGAAUCCCACUUGGCGUUGAAAAUCUCAUGCAUGAAAUAUCGGAAACUGAUUCAUGCCAGGAAGCCCAGGAUUUUGAUCUGCCAUGGGCCCUGUGGCUGGAGCGCAAGGCCUGCUUGACUGCUUGCCUGCUUUUGUCGGUGGCAGCAGGUCCACAACUUGUCAGAACCAAGCCGCAAUGCAUGGAGACCAGAGCAAUGCAUGGAGACUAG